AUGGACAGCGCGACGUGGACCACGGCGGCCGGCCGGACCGCGGUCGACGUCUUCGACCUGGCCGCGCCGCCGGCGCAACGAACGCGGCUCCGGGGUCUGGACGAGCUGGACGGCUGGUGGACGUUCGGCUCGAUGCCGCAAAACAUGCAUUUGGCGGCGUACGGCGAGGCGCGCGCCCGCUCGCCGUUCAACAACGGCCGGGCCGGGCGCCGACCGCCUCCGCCGCGGGCCGCGGACGUGCGGGCACGCGACGACGGCCGCGUCAAACCGCGGGCCGCCCGCGAUCCGGACGCGUGCUGCGGGCCCGUCGAACCGGCGCCCGUCGCCGGACUCGACAACGCCACCGUCGCGCUGCGGGCCGCCGACGCGUCGCCCGCGCCGUCCUCGACCGCCACGGCGGCCAGACAAUCGCGGUGGAAGAGGUUUCAAGUAACGGUCACGAGGUGUUUACUAGCGCCCUGCCGCAGCUGA